GAAAAGUGCAGACAUGAAUUCUGGAGUUGCCUUGAAAUACGGAAACGACUCCUCGGCCGAGCUGAGCGAGAUAAAAGAAUGAUCUUUGUUACACUGCUGAAAUCCUAACAUAUGUGGGAAUGUAUACUCGUUUGGGGCAAGAAGGACUGGCAGAAUAAGCAUUUCUCAUGUCAGCUCCACUUGGCAGCCCUGGCAUCACUCAAGGGAGACAUAGUGGAGCUUAAUAAACGUCUGCAGCAAACAGAGCGGGAACGGGAUCUUCUGGAAAAGAAAUUGGCCAAGGCACAGUGUGAGCAGUCCCACCUCAUGAGAGAGCAUGAGGAUGUCCAGGAGCGGACGACGCUUCGAUACGAGGAGCGCAUCACGGAGCUCCACAGCAUCAUUGCGGAGCUCAACAAGAAGAUAGACCGUUUGCAGGGCACCACCAUCAGGGAGGAAGAUGAGUACUCAGAACUUCGAUCAGAACUCAGCCAGAGUCAACAAGAGGUCAACGAGGACUCUCGAAGCAUGGACCAAGACCAGACCUCUGUCUCCAUCCCCGAAAACCAGUCCACCAUGGUCACUGCCGACAUGGAUAACUGCAGCGACCUGAACUCGGAGCUGCAGCGGGUGCUGACGGGGCUGGAGAACGUCGUCUGCUGCAGGAAGAAGAGCAGCUGCAGCCUGUCCGUGGCCGAGGUGGACAGGCACAUCGAGCAGCUCACCACGGCCAGCGAGCACUGCGACUUGGCUAUUAAGACAGUCGAGGAGAUCGAGGGGGUACUCGGCCGGGAUCUGUAUCCCAACCUGGCUGAGGAGCGGUCUCGCUGGGAGAAGGAGCUGGCUGGGCUGAGGGAAGAGAAUGAGAGCCUGACCGCCAUGCUGUGCAGCAAAGAGGAGGAGCUGAACAGGACCAAGGCCACCAUGAACGCCAUCCGGGAGGAGCGGGACCGGCUCCGGAGGAGGGUGCGAGAGCUUCAGACCCGACUGCAGAGCGUGCAGGCCACAGGGCCCUCCAGCCCCGGCCGCCUCACUUCCACCAACCGCCCCGUUAACCCCAGCACCGGGGAGCUGAGCACGAGCAGCAGCAGCAAUGACAUCCCCAUCGCCAAGAUUGCUGAGAGGGUGAAGCUAUCCAAGACCAGGUCUGAAUCUUCAUCGUCUGAUCGGCCCGUCCUGGGCUCAGAAAUCAGCAGCAUCGGGGUAUCCAGCAGCGUGGCGGAACACCUGGCCCACUCUCUUCAGGACUGCUCCAACAUCCAAGAGAUCUUCCAAACUCUCUACUCACAUGGAUCUGCCAUCUCCGAAAGCAAAAUUAGAGAGUUUGAGGUGGAAACGGAACGGUUGAACAGCCGUAUUGAACACCUCAAAUCCCAAAAUGACCUCCUGACCAUAACCCUGGAAGAAUGCAAAAGCAACGCCGAGAGGAUGAGCAUGCUGGUGGGCAAAUAUGAAUCCAACGCCACAGCUCUGCGGCUGGCCCUGCAGUACAGGUGGGACGCGGAGGGGCGGGCCACUGUCACGCAGAAAGGCAUCCGUAGAGACCAGUCGGGGGAUGAGAACAUCACCCAGAUGCUGAAGCGAGCCCACGACUGCAGGAAGACGGCCGAGAACGCGGCCAAGGCCCUGCUCAUGAAGCUGGACGGCAGCUGCGGGGGUGCCUUCGCCGUGGCCGGCUGCAGCGUGCAGCCCUGGGAGAGCCUGUCCUCCAACAGCCACACCAGCACGACCAGCUCCACGGCCAGCAGCUGCGACACGGAGUUCACGAAGGAGGACGAGCAGAGGCUGAAGGACUACAUCCAGCAGCUCAAGAACGACAGGGCGGCAGUCAAGCUGACCAUGCUGGAGCUGGAGAGCAUCCACAUCGACCCUCUCAGCUACGAUGUCAAGCCCCGGGGAGACAGCCAGCGGCUGGACCUCGAGAAUGCAGUGCUGAUGCAGGAGCUGAUGGCCAUGAAGGAGGAGAUGGCUGAGCUGAAGGCCCAGCUCUACCUGCUGGAGAAGGAGAAGAAGGCCCUGGAGCUGAAGCUGAGCACCCGGGAGGCCCAGGAGCAGGCCUACCUGGUGCACAUCGAGCACCUGAAGUCCGAGGUGGAGGAGCACAAGGAGCAGCGCAUGCGGUCCCUCAGCUCCACCAGCAGCGGCGGCAAAGACAAGCCUGGCAAGGAGUGUGCUGACGCUGCCUCCCCAGCUCUCUCACUGGCCGAACUCAGGACCACGUACAGCGACAGUGAGCUGGCUGCAGAGUUCACCAGUGCCAUCCGUCGAGAAAAGAAAUUAAAGUCCAGAGUUCAAGAGUUGGUGAGUGCCUUGGAAAGACUCACCAAGAGCAGUGAAAUCCGCCACCAGCAAUCAGCGGAGUUCGUGAAUGACCUGAAGAGAGCCAACAGCAACCUGGUGGCUGCCUAUGAGAAAGCAAAGAAGAAGCAUCAAAACAAACUCAAGAAGCUGGAGUCUCAGAUGAUGGCCAUGGUGGAGAGACAUGAGACCCAAGUAAGGAUGCUCAAGCAAAGAAUAGCUCUGCUGGAGGAGGAAAACUCCAGGCCACACACCAAUGAAACUUCACUUUAAUUGGCACUCGGGCACCAAAGUCCUACCGGUGGAAGCUAAACUAUAGCAGGUCACCGGAGAGAGAAGGGCUCCAGGUGACAGAGUACCUGUUGGGAAAAUUAAGGACAGUUGGCAGGUAGGUCAGCACUUGGACAAUGGAGUGCCGUGAACUCAGCCCUGGAGGUGAGCAUCCCUCGUGACACUGUACAGACAGCAUCCCGAGGAUCCUGCUCCUCCACUACCGGCCCAUGGACCGCAUGUAAAUACCCGCUCUGUGUGCCAUGCUCAGCAGGCCUUGCUGCUGCCUCCAGCACUGGCUUUGUCAUGCUCCCACCUUUCCUGCAUCAGUGGUGUCCCAGAUAUUUGUCUUAUUGGAUUUUCCACUCUUUCCUUCUGUUUGGCAGACAGUGACCCUACCUCUGGCAUCCCCCAAUUUCUCCUCUUUCAUUCUCCAGGGAAAAACUGACACACACAGGGGAGUGGGAAGGGUCUACAUAUCUAGAAGAUUUGCUUACUGCAAGAAGGCUUUGAUUUUCAAGUCCCACGUGUCAACUCUAAGAUACAGGCUAUCACUCAGAGAUGCUCUGGGAGGCAGAUUACAGGAAAAUGGCAGAUAGGUGUUCCAGUCCCAGAUAAGAAGUUAUAGGUAGAGCAGGCGCAGGCCUGUGCCUGAACAAUUCUGUACGGAAGAUUGAAAUCGCCUUCAGCGCUCAUCGUGGAGGUAGGGAGCUCUCUUCUGACUUUGGCAUUGCCCCUACCAAGUGGAGCCUUAUUAAUAGCCAAGGCUUAGUGCUGACAGAAUCCUGUUGACACGUGUAUUGGAACUAAAAUUUUACCUAAUUUUUUUCACAGCAGAGGAGCAUUUUUAGUACUUUCCACCCACCCCAGGGCACUACAUAAUUGCUAUUUGCAUGAAUCAAAGCUUAUCCACAAAUUAUAUGUAGCUCUGGACCUGCCUCUAAUUUCUGUAAAGCAGUGGUUCUCAACCUUCCUAAUGCCGCGACCCUUUAAUACAGUUCCUCAUGUUGUGGUAACCCCCAAUUUCAUUGUUACAAAUUGAACAUAAUUAAAGCAUAGUGAUUAAUCACAAAAACAAUAUGUAAUUAUAUGUGUUUUCUGAUGGUCUUAGGCGACCCCUGUGAAAGGGUCGUUCGACCCCCAAAGGGGUCGCGACCCACAGGUUGAGAACCGCUGCUGUAAAGGAAUGAGCCAGGAUCCUGAGCAGGUAAGUUUCGCAGGCUGAUCCCACCCAUUUUAGAGAUUG